AUGUGGCCGCUACCUGUUUCCCUGUUGUUGACUUCUGUCUCUGUGUUAAGGUUCUUUGCUACGGCUCAAGCAGCGGCACAUGACAGGGAACAAGUCGUACUCAACGGGCUUCACCGACAAGCUAUCAGCCCAGGUCCCCAUUUCAGCCGCCGUCAGCAGUCUCCGGAGUUAUGUGACGCGGGUUCUCAGCACUGGACCGGUACGGUCAAUGUCAGUUCGGAAAAAUCCAUGUUUUUUUGGUAUUAUGAAAGCCGAGACAGCCCUGAAACAGACCCAGUAUUGCUUUGGAUGAGCGGAGGUCCCGGUGCCACGAGUGAACUGGGCCAGUUCAAAGGCAUUGGUCCCUGUGCUGUGAACGAAGACGGAAAUUCAACUCGGCGCCUUGAAUUCUCAUGGAUUGACCACGCCAACGUCGUGUUUAUAGACCAACCUGUCGGUGUCGGCUUCUCCCAGAUUUCCGAUCGCAAUCUCAUCGCAACGAACCUACAUGACGGGGCCAGAGAUGUAUACACGUUCCUUUCCACUUUCACCAAGGAUGUCUUUCCGCAACUAGCGAAUCGGACUUGGCACAUCACAGGAGAGUCCAUGGGUGGCCAUUAUGUCACAUCCUACACAGAGUACAUCCUGAAGCAGGAACGCGAGCGAGCCCUCCAGGGUCUUGACAUUGGCAUUCAUAUUGACUCUGCUAUUAUAGUUGAUGGCUAUAUUGACGGUGCCUAUCAAUACACAGGGUACUAUGACUUCUUCUGCGAGGAUUGGAGAGCAGACGGAAGACCAUAUCCCUUGAUGAACGCGACCGCCUGUCAAGAAAUAGGCGAGGCUGUUGCAGCUUGCGAGAAGAAAGGCGCAAUGUGCAGAGACUCUUAUGAUGUCGAUGUUUGUGCUUGGGCUAUGCAGUCCUGUGAUCAGACAGUUGGUAAACACUUUGCCGAUGGUGUGAAGCCAGGAGGGUGGAACCCGUAUGACAGUCGAUUUAAGUGUCAAGAGCCCCCUCUGUGCUCAAACUUCAGCACAGACGAGACGCUUAUAUUUCUCAAUCAGCUAUGGGUACAAGAGCAGCUAGGAUUCCCCAACUACACAUUCGAGUUGAUCGAUUUCGAUACCAAUCGUCGAUGGGCUGCGGCAGGCGAUCUCAACCUACCUGUCACACGAGAGCUAACAUGGCUGUUGGAUAAUUCUGACGUCCGUGUACUAUUCUUCAAUGGCAAUAAUGAUAUAAUAAUCAAUACUCCUGGACAGAUACGUCUGCUUGACGCACAACCUUGGAAGGGACAGGCACAUUUCAGAAGCCUAAAAUACCAAGACUGGUUUUAUACAAAUGGAAAGCUUGAUCAAGGAAGAAAGGAAAAGAAAGGGGGGACUUGCAAGGGAGAUGAGAGGUUAAGGCUCUAUACUGUGGACGAAGCGGGCCAUUUCUCUGCGAUGAAUCAGCCUGAGGCUCUUGGGGCCGUGGUGGCAGACUGGCUUCGGAAGUAG